AUCCCCACUGGAAGCUUCAGCUCUCAGCCGAGCGGACCUGGACAGGCUGCCCGGGUCUCCACCGACCAGCAGCGACCUCUCCGCCGCAUUUUCCGGGGGUGAAACCAGGCUUCGGGACAGCGCUGCUCAUGUGUAUUUAACCCACUCGUGUAUCCGUGGGCACAAGGACGGGAGCGAUGUCUGCGCCGGGUUUCACAAACCUGAACAGCUCCGUCAGCUACAGCCAGAGCCCAACGCCGAACGGCGGAGCUGCGCCCCCCUACCAGAACGGUCCAGCACAGUCGUACCAGUCCAUGCAUCCACCUACAGGCUGCUAUGGAGCCCCACCUCAGCAACAGAGCUACCCCACCAUCCCUUCCCACUGCCCCCCUGCUCCCAACAAAGCACCCAUCACGAACAGUGCCCACAGUGCUAACUACUACCAGAGCAACCAUCAGCAACAGCAGCACCUCUCUCAGCAUCAUGUAGCACCUUCCUCAUACUCUGCUCCUCCUUCUCAGCCAUAUGCCACCCUCCCCUCUUCAGCACCGCCACCAUCAAAUGCCCAAUACAACCAACAGCCAUUCCAGCAGCAGCACCCACCCUACGCCCCUCCAGGAUCCUACUAUGGACAGCAGUCAUACCACGCUCCCCCAGCACAGCACUCUCAACAGCAGCCCAGUUUGGUGCCUGCACCAGGUGGUGGUCCUGGAGGUCCUGUCUACCCGAUUGUUUCGUACCCGUCUGCGCCUGGAAGUAGCCAGUAUGGCACCCUGAGUUCCUCCCAGAGCACCUCCACGCAUGGAGUCAUGCCCACGCAGAUGGCUGCACCCCUACAUCAGUACAGCACCUCCCGGCCAGCCUCCACAACAGCAGUGCAGCCUGGGUACAGCACGGCUCCUCCUAGUCAGCUGGUGCCAACAGUGAAUGGUCAAGGAAGCACAGUCCACCAACACUACGACCAAAGUCAUCAGGCUCCUCUCGGCUAUGACUCGUACGGCGGGGUCGUUCACAGCAGUGGUGGCGAAGGCGCAGACCGACCGCCCUCAGGAACCCCCUCCACUUCAGUCCAUUCCUCACCGGGCCACCACCAAGGCGUGCAAUAUGGAUAUGUUGCCAAUAGUGGAGCUAGCUCUGCCUCUGCCGCCACCUCAGGCCCAGCUGCAGCCCCCUCGUCAUCCAGCUCUGAGGAUGAUGACGAUGAGGAAGAGGAGGAUGAGGAAGCAGGUGGCGACACUUCCUCCUCCUCUACUGGCAGUGCCUCUCCGGUGCCCAACAGCUAUGAUUCCUUGGAAGGGGGCAGUUAUCCGGAUUCCAUGCCGCCCUCUAACAACAUGACCAACCAGGCCGCGCCCUACGGUAGCUAUGGUUACCCCAGCAUGCAGCCAGCCUAUCGGCAGGGCCACGCUGACUCCUCCCCCUCUCAUGACCCCUACGGCCAGUCAAGCUACCAGCAGUACUCCCAGCCAUUCCCAAACCUGUCCCAGCUGUCUGCGGCCCUCGGGGGACUGAGCGGGGUGCCAGAGCUGGAGGUAGAGGCCCUGAGGCCGGUCAACCUGCUGCAGGAUAGAAACCUGCUGCCCCCCAGGCCCCUGGAAGCCCCCGAACCCAACCUCAGCCCCGACCUCAAGAAGGUCAACUGUAGUCCACAGACCUUCAGGUGCACCCUGACCAGCAUCCCUCAGACCCAGGCUUUACUCAACAAGGCCAGGCUCCCUCUGGGCCUCCUCCUCCACCCCUUCAGAGACUUACAGCAGUUACCGGUGAUCACGUCGAACACGAUAGUGCGCUGCCGCUCCUGUCGCACCUACAUCAAUCCGUUUGUCACCUUCCUGGACCAGCGCAGGUGGAAGUGCAACCUCUGUUAUCGGGUCAAUGAUGUUCCAGAUGAGUUCAUGUAUAACCCAGUCACCAGGUCGUAUGGCGAGCCCCAUAAGAGACCAGAGGUCCAAAACGCCACUGUGGAGUUUAUAGCCUCCUCAGACUACAUGUUGCGGCCGCCUCAGCCAGCUGCCUACCUGUUUGUCCUCGAUGUUUCCCACAAUGCUGUUGAAGCAGGCUACUUGAAGUACUUCUGUGAAUCACUUCUGGAGAACCUGGAUAAGUUGCCCGGGGACACACGAACCAGGGUGGGCUUUCUCACCUUCGACAACACCAUCCACUUCUACAACCUCCAGGAGGGACUGUCCCAGCCGCAGAUGCUGGUGGUGUCGGACAUAGACGACAUCUUCAUACCGUCUCAUGACAGUCUGAUGGUGAACCUGAAGGAAAGCAAGGAGCUGGUAAAGGACCUGCUGACGUCGCUGCCCGGCAUGUUCAGCCAGAGCAGAGAGACCCACAGCGCGCUCGGCCCGGCGUUACAGGCCGCCUUCAAGCUGAUGUCGCCCACCGGGGGCCGCGUCACGGUGUUUCAGACCCAGCUGCCAACGCUCGGUGCUGGUGCGCUGCAGUCAAGGGAAGAUCCCAACCAGCGCUCGAGCACGAAGGGAGUUCAGCACCUCGGCCCGGCCACAGAUUUCUACAAGAAACUGGCACUGGACUGCUCAGGGCAACAAAUUGGGGUGGAUCUGUUCCUGCUCAGCUCCCAGUACGCUGACCUCGCCUCGCUGGCGUGCAUCUCCAAGUAUUCGGCGGGCAGCAUCUUUUAUUACCCCUCCUUCCAUUACAUCCACAACCCGGCCCAACUGGAGAAGUUCCAGAAAGAUCUGGAGCGCUACCUCACCAGGAAGAUCGGCUUCGAGGCGGUCAUGAGAAUACGAUGCACUAAAGGUUUGUCCAUCCACACGUUCCACGGCAACUUCUUCGUGCGCUCCACCGACCUGCUGUCCCUGGCUAAUGUGAACCCGGACUCUGCCUUCGCUGUCCAGAUGUCAAUUGAAGACUCUCUGGCGGACUCGUCUCUGGCCUGCUUCCAGGCUGCACUGCUGUACACCUCCAGUAAAGGAAAAAGGCGAAUCCGGGUCCACACUCUGUGUCUGCCGGUGGUCAACCAGCUGAGUGAUGUGUACGCCGGCGCUGAUGUUCAGGCCAUCACCUGUUUGCUAGCUGACAUGGCCAUCGACCGGUCGAUAUCGUCCAGCCUGUCCGACGCUCGUGAUGCUCUGACGAAUGCGGUGGUGGAUCUGGUGAGCGCCUACAAGAGCAACGUGUCGACCCUGCAGCAGUCCGGCCUCGUCGUCCCCGCCUCUCUGCGCCUUUUCCCCGUUUACAUCCUCUCUCUGCUCAAACAGAAAGCGUUGCGGACAGGCACCAGCACGCGGUUGGACGAACGAGUCUUCGCCAUGUGUGAGUUCAAGACGCAGCCGCUGCAGCAGCUGAUGCGAAUGGUUCAUCCUGAUCUGUACCGUCUGGACAACAUGUCUGACCAGGGGGCGCUCCAUCUGAACGACACAGUGGUUCCUCAGCCUCACCUGCUCCACCUGUCCGCUGAGAGGGUGAGCAGAGACGGAGCUUUCCUCAUGGACUGUGGAAACGUGUUUUAUUUGUGGAUCGGCAAAUGCUGCAACGAGAUGUUCAUCCGAGAUGUUCUGGGCUGCCCCAACUACGCUUCAGUGCCCCCCAACAUGAGUCACAUUCCUGAGCUGGAGACUCCUCUGUCUGAGAGAGUGCGAGCGUUCCUCGACUGGCUGCAGGAUAACAGAGCGUUCAGCUCCAUGAUACACGUCGUCAAGGACGAUGCUUCAGCUAAAGCUACUUUCUUCCAGCACCUGGUGGAGGAUCGGUCUGAGUCGGCUUCUUCGUACCACGAAUUCCUGCAGCACAUUCAGCAGCAAAUGUCCAAGUAGGUUCCCACCUGACGGAGAGAAACUUUGGCCGCUUGAAUCCUCGAACCAGAGCGGGACGGGAUUUCGACCUUGUAGAGUGAAAACCAGCGUUAGAAACGACGGACACCCAUCGCUCCUUCAGACCGGUUUUAGCGAGGUGGGUUCUUCCAAACAGUCUUAAUAAAAACAGAUCCGACCGCCAGGUUCGUCGGUCAGCUGGGAUUCGAUCAUCCGAAGGGGCGGACGGUUAUAGGAAAGAGUUACAGAAACAGAUAAAUGAAGAACGGGGAUUUGUUCCACUUCAAAAUGAAUCAUUGAACGCGCUCCUCCAGCGUCUCCUCGCUGCCUCUUAACCACUGUCAAACCCCGUUUAGCCUCUCGUCAAACCCCUCGCUCCGGAGAAACGAAGGGGGACGUCGAGCCAAGAAGAUGCCACUUCAACAUGUUUUUAGUUCGAUUAUGUUUUCGUGAGCCUCACAUGUAGCUAGUGCUGUCUUUUUUAAUUAUUUUAUAAUUUAUUCCCCUCCUCACUCCCUCAGUUUUAUUUAAAACUAUUUUGAAUACACUGGAGAACAGAAACAAGCAUUCCUUCUGUUGUUUUUCGGCAUGAAAUACGAAACGCAUGUCACCGUUUUGUUCGCUGCUAGUCUCUGAGCGCAGACGACGACCGUCUGUGCGACGGGAAUAUAAUUCGACAGUGGUUGGAUGUUGAAAACCCCCCUGUUGGCUCCCUCUUCUCCUCCACUGUGUGAACUCCUGAUUUGUCGAGAUCAAACUCCAAAAAACUCCCCCCGACUGUCAACAAUCUUCUUCUAAUUUGAUUUUUUUUUUUUCCGGGCGCUAACUGAAGUUGCUAUCCUCUUUGUAACUAUUGAAAAAGAAUCUUUUAUGUGCGAUAAUUUAUGAACCAGCUUAUUAAAUAAAAAACAAAAAGGGA